AAGUCAGGAGCAGUCGCAACCGGACCACCACAGUUGGCGUAGCUAUUACCGAUUACCGGACCGAUGUUAUUUAUAAUAAUAACAUUAUUCUUAUCCCGGUACACCUAGGUAUAGUUCAAACGUGUGCACCGCUGUUGGUUAAAACGUAUCAAUAAAUAUAAAUCGAACGCAGUUUUCUGUUUUACGCUCACCCGUCCGACGCGAUUUAAAUCCGGUCAUAGUGUCGUGUAGUUGCAGUUUGUCGUCUCGUCAAUGUUAUCAUUAUACAUAUUAUAGGCAGCCGUUCCGACGCCACCGAUGAAAAACCAAGUGCUCGUGACCCGUUUCCAAAACUAUUGAUCCUAAUCGGAGCAAGGAAGAAAUCGAGUGAGAUGUUUAUGCGUAAAAUCUGCGCAACAAAAACGACGACAAAAACUCCGGAAGUUCAGAAACGUAGUUCGGUGCCGAUUUGACAUCAGCAAUAUUAUCAUAACAAUACAUCAGUCUGAAAGAAGAGACCGAAUACUGCAAAUUAAAGAUUGCAUUAAAUAACACACAUAGUCUAAAGAAAUGUCAUUACCGAUCUGUGGACUACUGUCGUUUGCAUGGAUGCUGUGGGUGAGUUCGUCUUUGGCUGCCCAUCCGCCGUCACCUUGCCCGGACACAUUCUCUUAUGAAGGACCGGAACCGGAAAACAACAGGUGGUAUGGCGAGAUAUCAUUGCGAACUGACGAGAGCCUUGUCGGCAUCCGACUGGACGUUGAACUGGACCGACCAGCAGAUUUAAUGGUAUCGUGGAUGGGAGAGAUAACGACAAACGACAAUAUAAAAUUCACUGUAUUGAACUUAAACCAAAAACUGAAGCCCGGACCCCCUGUGUUGUCUAGGAUCAUGGUCAAGUUCAACCGGUCGACAGGAAGUCCAAAAUUGCGGUUCAUUCGACUUAAUGGCCGUAAAAUUUGCCCUGAAGAUUCCAGUUACAGUUCCGGAUACGAAGAGGAAACCCGACCCUCGCAAAGGCCACCACAGAGUACCAGGAGACCUGAUCCCGAGUUUGGUGCCAAUCCGGAUGAAUAUCCGAUAAACAAUGGUAAUACCAAUCAUCAAGACAAGGACCAGUAUCCGGUUAACGGCGUCAGCAAUAAUCACCGUGACAAAGAAAACCCUGUCAGACCAGGAUUAGACUAUAAUUCGCCACAGGAUGGCCGUCCGACGACCACCGAAGGAACUUACACGACUCGGAAAACAAACAGGGGAACGACAACUACAACCACGACGGUGCCCCGAAAUCCCUAUGAACUGCAGGGCAACGGAAAUGGAAACGGCAACGGCAACAACAGACCGAACACUGUGACAUUGCAGGCCAGCAGCACCGACCCAAACAGUGAAAUAAACGGUGUCAUAAACGGGCUGCUGCAAAACCAGAAUAGUAGAAACAAGACCGUCAUCAUAACCGUCAUCGACGAGAACCACAAUAGCCGACCAAAUGUUGGUACCGGAGGUGGUCGACCGGAAAUCGCGGACGGUGGCAGUAUGACUAGGCCGAAUGUAGUGAAUAACAGACCAACCUCUCAGCAGACCAACCAAAAGCCCAACGGAAACCAACAGAUCAACGGCAGCGGAAACAGUGGAUCUUAUACAGGCUCCGUCAACUCGCUUUCGUCUAGUGGUCCCUCGUGCGGCGAAGUCAAGAUGGCCGUGCCGCUGGUAACCGCUGGACAGUCCACGUACAGGGGACAAUGGCCCUGGCACGUGGCGCUCUAUUUGAUCGAAGGCAUAAACUUGAGCUACCAUUGCGGCGGGUCGCUCGUGUCCAAGAACAAAGUCAUUACGGCGGCUCAUUGCGUAACACACAAACUAAAUGACGCAGUCCUUAAUUCAACCAAAAUAGUCGUCUACCUCGGAAAAUACCAUCAGCUUCAGUACAGUGACGAGUUGGGCGUCCAGAUCAAACAGGUCGUCCGGAUAAAGGUGUUCCCGUCUUACAACAGCAGCUCAUACUUCGGAGACAUAGCUAUUUUGACGCUGUCUUCGGAUGCCGAAUUCACAAGCUACGUGACCCCCGUGUGCCUUUGGGAAGAGAGGUCUGACAGUUUGGACGACAUCGUUGACAAAGACGGAACGGUCGUCGGUUGGGGCUUUGACGAAAACAACACACCGACCGAAGAACUGAAAAUGGCCAAGAUGCCGGUUGUAUCACAGGAAACGUGCCUCUGGAGCUACCCGCAAUUUUAUUCAGAAUUUACUUCCGAUAGAACGUUUUGCGCCGGCUUCAGAAAUGGGACAAGCGUAUGCAACGGAGACAGUGGCGGUGGUAUGGUAUUCUUGAAGAACCAUAGGUGGUACCUAAGAGGUAUCGUGUCCCUGACGGUAGCCAAAGACGGACUGCGGGUAUGCGACACUAAACAUUACGUGGUGUUCACGGACGUGGCCAAGUACUCGGAUUUCGUCAGGAAGAACUUACAAUGAUGGCGUUCACAUCUAAUCAAUGAUAUAUAAUAUGAUAUAUUAUAAUGUAUAUUGUGCAUCAA